AUGUCUGCAGUUCAUGGGAAUAUGCGCGUCGGGGAUCUGAAUCAUUUCCAGAUGUUUCACGAAGGGCCUCUGCAGAUGAACAACAUGGUGAAGACAGAUUUUGGAGCUUCAGAUGUGACAAACUACUACAACUCAGCAAACUCGGCACCCAGGGCGGAUAAAUGCGUGGCCAUACUGACGCACAGGAGGAAGAGGACUAACUUUACGCAGCAGCAAAUCGAGGUGCUGGAGAAAGUUUACUCAGACACCAAGUAUCCUGACAUCUACCUGCGGGAGAGACUGGAGGCUCUGACCGGGCUACCGGAGUCCAGGAUUCAGGUGUGGUUUCAGAACAGAAGAGCCAAGUCUCGUCGCCAGGUUGGCUCAUCAGUGUCGAUGAAGGUCUCCAAUCCACCAGCAGCUGGGCCCUUUGGCCAAAUCCAGAGUAGGAUGGGUCCUGAGAAAGGUAAUUACGUCUUACUCAAAUAUGCCUGUUCAGUUAUAGUGUGGCACCACAAAAAUAUGUUACUCCGAAAAUAUGGUUAUUUGUUACUGAAAUACCCUUAAUUUGACUUAAAAAUCACCUAUAAUACACCUUUUUGGUUUUGUUUUUCAGUUUAUGACAACAAUCUAAGUGCAGAGCCACACAGGAUUGGUGGUUUUGGAUUAGAGGACAGUUUCAGACCCUCAAUGCACCAGAACAGUGAGGACCCACACCGGACCAGUCUACCCAUCAAACCCAGCAGCUACGAACACACAUCCGGCUCCUGCAUCUACGAGAAGGAGGGGGCCGGUGUGAAGUCCGAGCAGAUGCAGCGUCACAAGCUGAGCGUCAACGUCCCGUGUUGUAACAUCCACCUUUAUCCGAAGGAGAGCGAGCAUCCCCCCAGGAUCGAGGCCAACUUGGCAGACAACCAGGGGCCACAGGUUCUGGUGGAAUAUGACAAUUUCCCUCCCAACAAAACCAUUGGACCAGAGAUGAAAGUUGUGAUCCCACCCCUACCGACCCUCAGUAACUUUAGCAGGUCGUCGCCAAAGGAUAACGGAUGCCAGCUCCAGUUCCCACACGUGAGGGCCACGGGCGACAGGUUCAGCCAUUUCUCACCGAUCCACGCCGUCGAGGCUCGGGACUUCACCGACUCAGACUCUGACUGGGAAAACGAGGCCAUGGCUGGGUUCAGUGGCUUUAUGUGA